AUGAGCAGCGGUGGAAGUGCGUUUCAAGUGAUGUCGAGUGAUUUCGAGUGGUAUCAAGUCGUGACGAGUGAUGUCGAGUGGUACCAAGUGAUGUCGAGUGAUGUCCAUGCGAGGAGUGUGUUUGACUGA